AGUGGAUUGUAUUUUGAACCAUCUUUGCUUCUCUGCACUCUGUUCUUGUGCCUGUGACUUUAAGGUCAGUAGAAGCCUGAGAUCAGAAAAAGAAGGAAAAAAAAAAAAGAGCACCAAUGGCUUCCAUGACAAUGACAGCAUCUUUCUUUGGUGGUUCAGCCGCUGCCGCCACCAAACAACCACCAACAGCCGCCGGCCGUGGCCUUGUCAUGGCCAAGGCCACAAAGGUGACAGAAGCAGAAAAAAAUGUGACCAGUUACAACAGCAAGGAAGAAGAGAAGAACACUGGGAGGAGGGGCUUGGUUUUUGCGGCAGCGGCCGCGGCCGCGUGCUCGGUUGCUAAAGUUGCUAUGGCCGGUGAGCCCAAGAAGGGAACACCGGAAGCUGUGAAGAAGUUCGCACCUGUCUGUGUUACAAUGCCUACUGCCAGUAUUUGUCGCAAAUGAGGUUUAAUAUGUUGUUGGUGGUUUGUUUGAUUAGUCUCUUAUAAGACUGUAAAACUCCAUUUCUAUGUUGAUUUGUCCUUCUCAUUGGUGUAUGAUCUUAUCCAAAUGACUUAAUGAUCAUCCAAUUACCUAGUUGUUGCGGAACCACAAUUUCAGAAUAAUUAUCCUUUUUUUUUUCCAUCUGAUAUACAACAUAAGUGGAUAUCUAUAAUUAAGAAUUAAU